AUGUUUUCCAGACUUGCCAUCCAGCCCGUCAGAGCCGCCGCCAGAGCUUCCGCCGCUGGCGCCGCCGCCGCACCAUCCCGCAGGGCCCCACAGCUCCGCUCCUUCGCCUCCACUGCGGCAGCCCUCGCCAAGGAGGACGUCGAGGCCGCCCGUGCCACCAGGUUGUCGGCGUUCAUCGAGCAGAUCCGCUCGAACGAAAAGGUCCACUCCCAGCUCAGAAGCGUCCAGCUCAUCAUCGCCUCGAAGAUCAAGACCGCCGGCACAGAUCCCUCCCUCAUGCAGCAGAUGCAGUUGCUCAGCGACAAGGAGGUCCGUGCCGAGAUGCUCAAGCUCUCGGAUAUCAUGAAGGAGGAGAACGUCAACAUUAGCAAGGAGGACGUCGGCUUCUUGAUGCAGUGCUUGAAGGCCCAGAUGGACGAGGAGAAGUGA